AUGAUGAACCAAAAGCGCGAGAUCAAAGACCAGAGUACCGCAGCAGGUGACAAUCUUGAAGAUCCUUUUCCCUUCAAUGAGACCAUCCGAAUGGAAAGUGACAUCUGCGGUGGGGCAGACCCUCUACUCCUCGACGCAUUAGAAAACCCACAGAAUAUUCGCCGUGUUGUACAGGAAGGCAUUAUUUUGGCAGGUGGCGCAGUUGCAAUAUUGCUACAGGUGGCUGCACCUGGGGUCGCGAGAGGCGUGGACGAGCAUAGUAAUUUCGCCUACCGCCCUGUCGAUCGACUGCGAACCACGAUGACAUACAUUUACUGUAUGGCCUUUGGUACCCGGGAAGAGAAGAGGAUUGUGGUAAAGAUGGUCCAUAUGGCACACGCGUCAGUAAACGGGCCCGGAUACUCUGCCGAUGAUCCCACGCUCCAGCUGUGGGUUGCGGCCACCCUUUACGCUGUCGGGACUGGUCUGUACCAGCGGAUCUUCGGAAACAUGGACGAGGAGACUGCUGAGGCACUAUAUCGCGAGUAUGCAAUCCUAGCCGUCUCUCUUAGGGUUCGGCCCGAAAUGUGGCCGGCGAAUCGCAAAGCCUUUUGGAAGUAUUGGGACCACCAAAUAGCGACCCUGAAGAUCACGGAAUAUGCCGAGAGAGUUGCCAAGGAUUUACUUUACAACACAAAGGCACCACUGCGAGUUCGAGCUGUCCUACCUCUCGUCUAG